AUGACUACUAAAGUUGUAAAGUGCACUAGUUGCAAAAUAGUUAUAAACGAGGUGUUAGCGUUUGUGCAAAACAAAGUUGAUGUGAUGGACGAGGAAAGUCUAGUGCGUCUGUGUACUUCGUCUUUCGAGGAAUCAGUAAUAGAGGAAGCGAAGAGUUUAUUAUUUGACUGUCUGGACAAACGCAAGACAACCAGGAGGCGAGGGGUACAAUUCAUCAGUGACCAACAUGACGGAUUCGUCCAAAAAACUGAUAGUAUCUCGCAUGAUUUUAAGAGGCUGAAUACUUUAGAAGCCGAACUGCAAGAGUUACAGCUCCAGAAUAAAAAACUGUUGGCAGACAUAAAUGAGAAUAAUCAGAGGGACCGUAUGCUUAAUUUAGAGAUAAUUGGUAUCCCGGAACAACCAGAUCAAGACCUACCAAAUAUAAUUAUGGAUAUGGUAAAGAAACUUGGUGUUGAGUUUAAUACCGAUGACAUUGUACAUGCUCAUAGAGUGACGCCCAAAGUAGCUGUGCAAGGUCGUCACAGAGUGAUAAUCGCGAAGCUGAAAUCUCGUCUCUUGAAGGAUGUAAUAGUCUCCAACUCACGCAAAGCGAGACUUUGUACAAAAGACAUUGGUAUCCAGGGGCAACCUAAGCCGAUCUACAUUAACGACCACUUAACACCGUAUAACAAGUUACUAUUAAAAAAAUGUAAGGAAGCAGCCAGUAAAAAGCAGUACCAAUUCGUCUGGGCAAAAAACGGAAUUAUACGAGUACUCAAGAACAAAACAUCUCCCCCGAUCACAAUCCAGGUCGAAGAAGAUCUAAAAAGAUUAAACUAA